UCUCCCGCAGCAGCUUUUUUGUGUUUGCGUGCUACGCUCUGGAUGAGCAGAUUUGCCUUUUUCUUCUUCUUCUUCUCGUUUGCCGGACAGCAAACAAGUGAGAGCAGCAGCAGGCAAUUGGCUGGGAUUCGGCGUCCUCGCCUCCUCCAUUCAUCGCGUCCGCGGCCGGCUGCGUGUCGUCACCCGGUCUCCCGGUCUCCCGGUUCACGCCGCCGCCUGCUGCCGAUGUCAAAGUUGUCCCGAGGAGGACCCGCAUGGAAUUCAUUUGCCGCUUCAACAACAACAAUUGCGAGUGACUCCUUCUCCUGACUCUUUGGCCUCUUGUUCUUCUCUUUGAGUUUCUCCUUUUCUUCUUUCUUGAGGCGAAUGGGGGACACUGAAUGUGCUUUUCAAUUGGCCCAAAAGCCAUUUUCGGAAGUGUGACGUCAGCUUCGGCGGGCUUUGGCUGUUAGCGUAUUGCUAGCGAGCUAGCUAGCUGUGUGUUUAAAGCCACAAAAAGUGACAAAAUGAUGACGCAAGAACACACGCGCUAAGGGGUCGCGACGAUGGCCCCCGCCUCCGGGCCGAGGACCCCCCCCCCCCCGCCGCCCCCCCGCCCCCGCCGCCGUGCUGCUGGCGCUGCUGCUCGUGCUGGCGCGUCCCGAGCGGACCCUCGGCGGGGGGCAGCGGCAGACCAACGUGACGCUGGCCGUCAUCCUGCCGGAGAGCAACACGGACUACCCCUGGGCGUGGCCCCGCGUGGCCCCGCCCUGGCGCGGGCGGUCCGACUGGUCAACGCCGACCCCGCCCUGCUGCCGGGCGUGCACCUCGGCUACGUGUUCAAGAACAGCGAGGACGGAGACGGCAUCUGCUCCGAGUCCGUGGCGCCGCUGAUGGCCGUGGACCUGAAGCUGGCGCACGACCCGUGGGCCUUCAUCGGGCCGGGCUGCUCGUACACGUCGUCGCCCGUGGGCCGCUUCGCCACCCACUGGGACGUGCCCGUGGUGACGGCCGGGGCGCCGGCCGUGGCCCUGUCCGGCGGCGUGUACCCGUCCAUCACCAACACUGGGCCCACCCACAAGAAGCUGGGCAAGUUCGCCCUGCGCAUCUGCGAGCGCUUCGGCUGGCGCGAGCACGUCAUGCUGGUGUUCAACGACCACAAAAAAGUGGGCGACCGGCCGUGCUACUUCGCCGUGGAGGGCCUCUACGACGAGCUCAAUAGCAUCAACAUCACGGUGGUGGCCAGCAUCUUCGAAGGGAACCAUCCGCACAUCAACUACACGCAGAUACUCGCCGACAUACAGAACGAGGGCAGAGUGAUGUUCGUGUGCUGCUCGCCUGACGUCUUCAGAAAGUUGAUGGUUCACUUCCGCCGCGCCGACCUUCCCCACGAGCAGUACGUCUUCUUCUUCAUCGACGUGUUCGGCGAAAGCCUCAAGUCGGAGCGCCGGCAGCCGUGGGCGCGCGGGGAUGCCGACGACGCCGUGGCCAAGGAGGCCUUCCAGAGCGUGAAGAUCCUGACUUAUCGGGAGCCUCAGAACGCGGAGUACAAGGACUUUGUGGAGAACCUGAAGCUAGACGCUAAGAGCAUGUUCAACUACACCAUCGACGACUCGCUGAUGAACAUUAUCGCUGGAGGUUUCUACGACGGCCUGAUGCUCUACACGCACGCGCUCAACGAAACCAUGACUCCGCCCACCACGCGGCCUUCGGGGCGGGUGGUCACCCUGAGGAUGUGGAACAGAACCUUUCACGGCGUGACCGGGACAUUGCGGCUGGACGAGAACGGAGACCGAGAGACCGACUUUGCUUUGUGGGACAUGAUCGACGCCAACGACAGCGCUUUCCAGACGGUCCUGGUGUACAACAGCUUAGAGGAGCAGCUGACGGCCAUCCCUGGAACGUCGCCGCACUGGCCAGGCGGAGUCCGUCCUCCCGACGUUCCCGUGUGCGGAUUCAAGAACGAAAACCUCGCUUGCCUCACUAAGACCAUCACCAUCCACCAGAUGGUCUCCAUCGUGGUCUUCUUCAUCCUCACUAUGACCCUGACGGUCGCCAUCUUCAUUUACAGGAGGAUGAAACUCGAGAAGGAGCUGGCGGCUCAGCUUUGGAGGAUCUCCUGGGACGACAUCCACAUGAGCAACCUGGACAAAGUGCUGCGCAGCGGCAGCAGGAUGACGCUGUCUCUGAGGGGCUCCAACUACGGCUCCCUGAUGACGGACGGACACGCGCAGGUGUUUGCGAAGACCGGCUACCACAAGGGAAACAUCGUGGCCAUCAAGUACACCGACAGGACACGCAUGGAGUUGAACAGGAAGCUCCUGUUUGAGCUCAAACAUAUGAGAGACGUUCAGAACGAACAUCUGACCCGAUUCAUCGGAGCCUGCGUCGACCCUCCGAACACCUGCAUCGUCACGGAAUACUGCCCUCGAGGAAGCCUCCAGGACAUCUUGGAGAACGACAGCAUCACUCUGGACUGGAUGUUCAAAUAUUCUCUCAUCAAUGACAUCGUCAAGGGCAUGCUCUUCCUCCACAACAGCGUGAUUGUCUCUCACGGGAAGCUGAAGUCGUCCAACUGCGUGGUGGACAAGCGCUUCGUGCUGAAGAUCACAGAUUACGGACUGAGCAGCCUGCAGGCCGAGAGCCCGUCGAGAAAGGACGCUCACGCUUACUACGCUCAGAGGCUGUGGAUGGCUCCGGAACUGCUCCGGAUGGAAGCGACGCCUCCUCAGGGGACGCAGAAGGGCGACGUCUACGGCUUCGGGAUCAUCCUCCAGGAGGUGGCGCUACGCCGCGGAGUCUUCUACCUGGAGGGGGACCCGCUCAGUCCUAAAGAGGUGGUGGACCGCGUGGUGCUGGGGGAGUGGCCGUGUCUCAGACCCACGGUGGACCCGCGCGCUCACAGUCCGGAACUGGGCCAGCUGAUGCAGCGCUGCUGGGCCGAGGAGCCCACGGAGAGACCCGAAUUCAACCACAUCAGAAUGCUGCUGCGCAAGCACAACAAGGAGUCCAGGACCAACAUCCUGGACAACUUGUUGUCACGCAUGGAACAGUAUGCCAACAACUUGGAGGAGCUGGUGGAGGAACGAACACAAGCUUAUCAUGAAGAGAAACGCAAAGCUGAAACGCUGCUCUACCAGAUACUACCGCACUCGGUGGCAGAGCAGUUGAAGCGCGGCGAGACUGUUCAGGCGGAGGCGUUCGACUCGGUGACCAUCUACUUCAGCGACAUCGUGGGCUUCACCGGCAUCUCUGCCGAGAGCACGCCCAUGGAGGUGGUGACGCUGCUGAACGACCUGUACACGUGCUUCGACGCCAUCAUCGACAACUUUGACGUUUACAAGGUGGAGACCAUCGGCGACGCCUACAUGGUGGUCUCGGGGCUGCCGGUGAGGAACGGGAAGCUGCACGGCCGCGAGGUGGCGCGCAUGGCCCUCGCCCUGCUGGACGCCGUCACCACUUUCCGGAUACGACAUCGCCCCGACGAGCAGCUCAAGCUGAGGAUCGGAAUACACAGCGGUCCGGUGUGCGCGGGCGUGGUGGGUCUGAAGAUGCCUCGCUACUGCCUGUUUGGCGACACGGUCAACACGUCGUCCAGGAUGGAGUCCAGUGGGGAAGCGCUGAAGAUCCACGUGUCGUCGGCCACUCGCGACGUCCUUCAGGAGUUGGGCUGCUUCCGCUUGGAGCGCAGAGGGGACGUGCACAUUAAAGGCAAAGGACAGAUGACCACCUAUUGGCUGCUGGGAGAGAGCGACAGCCAAUGACUGCACGGGGAGCGCAGGAAGAGGGCGCGGCCACGGGAAAAAGGAAACGCGCCACGAAGCCGCAGUGCGUUUGUGCCACGUUUCCUGGUAGGGAGGCCUCAGCCGAUCGCCACCCACAACCAGGAAGUGUCAGAUGGUCACGUGACUGGAAAAAAAAGGACAUCAUUCUUGACUUUGGGCUACUUUGAACCUUUAAACUCAAUUGCAACAAGUUCAUCAUGUGUCCACUAGAUUGCACUAAUGCUAACUGAAAGAAAUGACGUCUUAGCCUGACAGGAAGUGAGGUCGAGUACGGCAGCGCCUGGAGAUACGAGCGACCACGAGUUUUUCGAGAUACGAGCCGUCGUUCGGAAGAUUUCUUGCUUUGCUUUGACUAGCGAGCAAUGACUUGGCAUACGAGCGCUGUAUGGUGGCAGGGAAACUCGACUCACUUCACAACAACAAGGCUUUAGAAUCGGUGAACAAUUGAUCAAAAAGUUUUUUAUUUCCACUCCCACUUGAAGUUGACUCUCAAAUUAUAGGUCAGAGGACAAAGAUUUUCAAAUGUUUCUUGGUAACUCUCGAACCCGUUUACAAACCACAUCUGCCAUUUCAAAGUCUUUAUAUGGCAGAUAUACAGCAGUUCAAUCGAUAAAUAUGAUGCGGAACGCGCCCUCUGCUUUUUGCAUCCCGCGCCUUCCGGUCUUCGUCUCUUUCCGGCGCCGUGACGUCACACGAGCCAAACGUCGUGUCGGUGCGGCGUCGUGCGCUAUUGUUCCCGUCGGCGUACGAUUUAACGACGUCACGGUGGUUUAUCGUGUGGCAUUUGAUUGUACAAAUGGUUCAGGCAGCGGCGAGAGUUUUUCUGGGCUUUCCAAGUGAAGAAGGAAGGCGUGACCGGUGGUUAGGGGAAGUCACUCGACAGGGGAAGAAACACGCUCAGCUGUGGGUGCCUCGCGAGCAUUCCAAAUUCUGUGCCGGCGUGUUUUGAGAAAGCAUCGGAUCCACAGGUGUAGUUAGGCAGAGGCUGAAAGCGGCUGCGGUGCCAACUAUUUGGGACCUCCACCGGCGGCGACGGAACUCAAUCUCGCAGCAGCGAAGCGGCGCAGACGAGAGGCGAGCAUUCCCUCGUACAUACCUACGACUCUAUUAUGGUUACUGUGCACUGGGGGGUGGGGGGAAAAAAGACCCACUCAGUACCGUCGUCUGUACUUUUGGCUCUACGACAAGCCGACAGACACACGGCAAAGACGCACAAUUUACAGCAAUACUGCAUCCUAUGUAAAAGCUUGUGCCGUGUCACUGAAUCAUAUAUGAAUAUAUAAUACGUAUAGUCGUGCUCAAACGUAUUGGCACCCCUGGGGUGGCAUUAUUUCAAGCCGGGACACGCUUUUGACAUGGCGUCACGCGGCCACUCUCUUUUUCCGUUGUACAGCCGCUACUUGGCCGCUCGUCGUCGUCGCCGCUAGUUUCCGACCUCCUGAUCGGCUCAAUCGCGUUUGCUUUGACGAUGCCGAGUUCAGUCGGGCGCUCCCGUACGUCGAAAUCCUCAUAUUCCAACACAUUGCUCGCCAUUGCGUAUAGAGCGUUGCGCGCUGUUUGUCAAUUGCAACGUCACACAACGCCGGAUAGAGUAACCGCACCCCGGCGUCUUGAGCUUCGGGUAUGUUCGGGGAGGACUCGAUAUGCGUCAUAAAAACCUCAUUUUUAGCUAAACGAUGGUUUGAUAAUUUGCUGGAAGUGACCUGCAUGUAUUACAUAACAUAUAAACAAUGCAAAUAUGAAUUUUAACUGACCCCAUAAUGUCUUUGUCAUCUGACCUUUAAACACAAUGACACUGUGUAUUUCAAACAGCCGUAUAGCUUUGCCUUAAUAAAUCCCAUUUAGCUUAAAGCUAAACACCAUAGACGAGCUACCGAUUAGCAUCAAUAUCAGCGUUUUAAGCUUUACGUAACAGAUGUUUGAACAAACGCUAGAACUCGCCCUCUAAAUCUCGAUUUGUUUUUUGUGUUGACAGUAACAAAUGACUUUGAAUUGUUACUCUCGUACUCUUCCGAAAAUUCAAGACAUCAGAGUCCGACCAAAGAAAAAUCUGCAAAACAGACAGACCGGUCCCUGCUAAGAAUGUGCAGAAACUAUUUGAAUUACAUUAGAGAAAAGCAGAAUACAACUGACAAGCGCUUUUCCAUGGCACAAAGAGAGAGAGGAAAUGUGAGAGUUGCACGAACUGGAGACAAGAAAGGCCUUUGGUCCGGACCAAAAGCGGACUUUAAUUUCUUUGCUUUGUACAUUUUGCAAGCGAACUAUACAGUCAUUUGUAAACAAAGCCACACGCGUGACGAUCGUUGCUCACAUUGGACAGAAAUGAAGAGGACGGGACAAAGCACAGACCUGGAAAUAUGCGCUGCAUUUCUGUUCUGCAAAUUUGCGCUUAUUGAAGUUGCAAAAAUAAAAGAGGGAGUAACCUGU